GCAUACCUUCCCCCGUAAAAAAAGUUAAGAACCGCUGAUCUAAUUUUAAAAAAAAGCUUGUAUAGUUAAGCUGCAACUGCUUGUACCAAAGAGCGAUGCAUAAGAUGCAACAUUAAUUUGACUAGGUUUAUUCCGUAUAUUUUACCUAUAUAUUUUUAUUUACAAAUGUUGGCUGGGUGGGAACACACCGUCCUGAGCUGUGAGGCUGACAUGUUUGCUCCUCAUCGUACGAACUCUGAGACAUUCUUGCCCCCUGAGGUAUGAGUGAUAAGAGUACGAGAAUAGAGAGGAACAUUUGCAGUUAUUUUGUAAUUGAAAUUAGCUUUAAAAUUAGUGCUUUAUAAUUUUGAAGAAACUUGCGCAAAGAAAAUAUUUGUUGAAGAAUUUUGGGUACCUUUUUUCAUUCGCCAAGUGACACUUUAAACAUUGUUGCCCUUGACCUGUCACUUAAAUCAGCAGAAGAAAAACAUUUGUAGAAUUUGGUUUAUUUGUUGUUUUUUUUUUCUUUUUUCUCCGAGUAAGCCUAAAAUUCCAACACACUAGAAUUGAUCAGAUUGUGUUUGCGAGAAAAAUCGUUUAUACAAAUUAAAAGAUCUGACUCGUAACUAUAUACGGGUAAAGUUUAAUCAGUAUCUCGUAAAAUUAUUACGAUGUGAUCACCAGUAUCUCGUUAUAAUGAGCAGAUGUAUAAUUACGAUAUGGUCACUUUGAAAUUCUUCUAACAAUAUGUUCCCUGAAGUAUUUAACAUGUGUAUCUCAAUCCCUUGGUUGGUGACCAGUGCCUACACUUAUAGAUCUUUGGCCAUUAAACUGUCACUUUUAUUAAAAUGGAAAGAAAUAAAAACAUAUUGGACAAUGUAAGGGAUUUAGUUGUUCGAGCAUGAUAACACUGCAAUGUGAUCACAAUAUCCAUUCUGAUUGACAAUGUCUGUUAUUGAUAGAAUGAAUAAGUUUGCUGGAUCAUCGCAAACCACAAACAUUUUGUAGAGAAGAGGUAGCUUGCAAUUGGGUAUGGGGAUCGGGAUGUGGUUUGAGACGAGAUUUCUGCUGAACGUGUAUAGAUUCUUUGGCGGAGAGAAAAUGCAUAUUAUGUAUUCUUUAUUUCCAGUCAGUGUCCGCACGAACAAAGGUAUAUAUUUUAUAACCAAGCGUUUUAUGUCCAUUUGCUAACGUUUAUAUGAGGAGAUUUUAACAGAUUUUGACGCCAAACUUCACGUGUAGCCAGGUGCCUGAUAGCGGUCUGGGAGAAUGACACGAUGGAAAACCGUCUUUUUGGAAAAUUAAGUUGUUUGCCCUUGAAAACGUGCUUCACAAGCAACAUAGGGUGCUAUCCGGGAUUAGCGGUCAAGAAAACUGACAACACGAGAGACAGCAACCGUGUGACGUUCCUGAAGCGAGUACAUAAAGUAGAGCCAGUGUUCCUAGAACACAGUGGAACCUUUUUACAGAGGUCCUACGUCAGCUUCCUGUCUACGUCAUCAGAAGAGGACGAGGGAACCGCCUUAAACAAUUUUGUGGAGAAGUUUAUCAUGGACACGGUCAGAGCGGCCGUUGACAAAUACAUUAUGGACACGUGGAAAGAAGUUCGGCAAGGAUCAUCAGAUGUAGGAGACAAAGGGAGCCAACUCCAGACGAUGACUCCAAGGGAGAGAAAUGCUGACUGAGUUCUGGCUUACAUAGACUUAGAUGUAUCAAUCAUGAUAAUUAGAAGGAAUUGGAAUUUAGUGAAUAAACAA